UGAAACCGAGCCCGUUAAAUAUGCACAAUAAUAAUAGAUAUUAAAUGCUAUUCUAGGAAAAAAAAUGGCUUUUGGAGAUCCAACACUACAAGCAGUGACUUUUGGGUUUGUCCUGUUUGGGCACAUGGCUGAUGGAUAAACCUGAUCCAGGAUCUUGAAGUGAGGAGAUCGGAAAAAGAAUUAAACUUCCCUACAGAGCAGAAUGUGACUUCUUCUUCUUCUUUUUAUUUUUAUUUCAUUUUUAUUUAUUAGAAAGAAAUCCUGGGACAAAAUCCUGGGACUGGUAAGCUGGAUCGCGGACUGGAACUGGGAAGCAGAAGUGAGAAUAAUAAUAAUAAUAAUAAUAAUAAGGAGAAGAUUGAGGAGAUCACUGGCGCGCGCCACUUGUGCGGCUCCCGCGUGCGCGCAUGAUGCGGGAGUGGAGCAGAGACAGUGCGGGACGGAUAGUUCUGUACGGAAUAGCACAAGUUUGGUUCUGACUUCCUCGCUUUUGCAUUUCAAGCUGGAUGAGCAGUCUCCCAGGCGAUGGCGUCUGAGGUGGUGUGUGGACUGAUCUUCAGACUGCUGCUGCCCUUCUGCUUGGCAGCAGCAUGCUUCUUCAGGUACAACUGGCUCUCCUUCGUCUACCUCAUCUACCUCCUCCUCAUCCCGCUGUUCCCCGAGCCUUCCAGCACAACCAUGAAGAGCCACACAGGGCGCUUGCUGAAGUCGCUGUGUUUCACCAGUAUGACUUUCCUCCUGUUCCACAUCAUCUACCAGAUCACUGUCAACAGUCUGCUAGCCAGAAACAACAUCGAUCCCGGCUUCAACUGUUCAGGUUGGGAGAAAUCUAUACGACAAAUUGGAUUUGAGAGUGUUAUAGGGGCAGAUGUAGGAAAUGGCAUCCGGGUGUUUCUACCAGACAUCGGCAUGUUCAUGGCAGGCCUGGGCACCUGGCUGCUGUGUCGGAGUCUGGAGAAGAAGAGACCAGUAGAGGAAAUGGCGCAGUACAACGAGGACUUUGAUGCAGAGGAACAGGAGGAGGACGAUGAGAAGAGAAUCCCUGAUGACGAAGAAGGUGAUGAGAUCCUGUACGAUGAGGACUUUGAUGCCGAAGACGAAGCGGAAGAGGACAACGAGGGUCUGGGAGAGGAUGAAGAAGAGGAGGAGGAGGAGGAAGAGGAGGAGGAAGUGAAGGAGAGCGCUAAGAUGAAGGUCCUGCGCAUAGUUGCAGGAGUGGCAGCUAAAGUAAAAGAUAUCAUUGGUAAUCUCAUCACUACAGCAGGGAAGGUGGUGGUGACUAUACUGCUGGGCCUGACAGGCAUGAUGCUGCCUUCUCUGACCUCAGCUGUUUACUUCUUCAUCUUCCUCGCACUGUGCACAUGGUGGUCCUUCUGCCAGACCUUCGACACACUGCUCUUCAGUUGUCUGUGUGUGCUGAUGGCCAUCUUCUGUGCCGGCCACCUCAUCGUUCUCUACCUCUACCAGUUCCAGUUCCUCCAGGACAGCAUCCCACCCCAUGACAGCUACAUCAGAUUGUUUGGCAUCUCUCCUAUAAUCAAGACAAACUGCUCCUCUACAUGGAAGUUAAUUGUCUAUCCUGAUCUCUAUUGGCAUCAUUUUGUCAAUCCCAUCAUGCUCCUGCUGCUAUACUACACACUGGCCACACUGAUUCGCCUUUGGCUGCAAGAUCCGAUGAUCACGGAGAAUGAGGAAGAGGAGAUGAAUGAAGAAAACACGCCCCCCACAGCAGAAAAAAAGAGGCAACUAUGGUGGACUACACGGCAGAAGACUGAAGAGAAGGAUCUUCUGUCCACUCAGGAUGCUUACAGCACUACUGAGGCAGUAUUGAUGAACUCCAAUGGGACAUCUUUUGGUUAUGUCCCCACCCUAAAUGCAGAGAAUGGACCAGUCAGCUUGGACCUCUUCUCUAUCCCUAAGUAUAAAGUGGACCAAUCCAAUAAUAUUGAGGAUCAAAAGGACGGAGAUGUGUAUGAGGUGGUGGAGAUGCCGCCGGAGGAGGAAGAGGAGUUAAAGGAGAGCGAAGAGAAGGAGGAGACCGCAGCUCCUUCUGGUCUUGUCAAAGUCUUCCGUUUCAUUAUGAAGCAGAGCUACGUCUGCGCUCUCAUCUCCAUGAUGGCCUGGAGCAUUACAUAUGUGAGCUGGCUGACAUUUGUCCUCCUCAUGUGGUCUUGCACUCUGUGGAUGGUGAGAGACAGGAGAAAGUAUGCCAUGCUCACUUCACCCUUUAUGGUGGCGUAUGGGAACCUGCUAAUUGUGCUGCAGUACAUCUGGAGCUUUGAGUCUCUGAAUUCUGUCCCCGGCCUCUUCCUCAAGUCCACCGAGCCCUUCACUGACCUCUGCUCCAAGGUGCUGUAUUUGCUGAGUUUCUGGCUACUUCUGCGUCAGACACUGACUGAACGGCAGGACAAGCUAAAAGAGGAAGCUACACUUUCUGAAAUUUUAGUCGACUCAGAGAAAAAGGAGGUAGAGAAGUCGGAGGAAGAGGAAGGUGGCGAGAAUGACCUGAUGCAGAUGGUGGGAAAUCUGGUGAUGGGCAUGCUAGUGAAGUACUGGAUCUACAUCUGUGGUGGCAUGUUCUUCUUUGUGAGCUUUGAAGGACGCAUCGUCAUGUACAAGAUCAUCUACAUGAUGCUGUUCCUCUUCUGCGUGGCCCUCUAUCAGGUGCACUAUGAGUGGUGGAGAAAGAUUCUGAAAUAUUUCUGGAUGUCCGUGGUGGUGUAUACCAUGCUGGUACUCACCCUCAUCUACACGUGCCAAUUUGACAACUCCAUCAACGUCUGGUCCAAUGUGACAGGCAUGAGUGAGAAAAAACUGCAGGAUCUGGGUCUGGAGAGGUUUUCUGUAGGUAUCCUGUUCACACGCAUCUUCAUCCCUACUUCCUUCCUACUAGUCUGCAUCCUUCACCUGCACUACUUCCAUGAGCGCUUUCUUGAGCUCACUGACCUCAAGGCUGUGGCUGCCAAACAGGACAAUGCCAUCUACAGCCAUGCCAAAGUCAGUGCCCGUAUCUGUCUGAUUAUGGAUAGCAUCAAGCAAAAAAUUCCAUCUCCUCAGAGCAAACUCGCCCAUCCAGAUGGCAGCUUGGCAGAUCUCACAAUGAUAAGCUCCUCUCCUGAACCCUUGGUGGACAAGGAGAAGGAGAUGAUGGUGGUGGAGAGCAUAGCAGAGGAGAAAAAAAAAGAGGAGGGCUCCAUCCAUGAUGAGAGUCAACAUUGCAGUGCGGCUACAGAUCCAGAAAUCCCAUCAGAAGAGAGCUCUGAUCUGAAAAAUAAGUGGCACCUGGUGGUGGACCGUCUAACUGUGCUGUUCUUGAAGUUUCUGGAGUACUUCCAUAAACUGCAGCUCUUCAUCUGGUGGCUGCUGGAGAUACAUGUCAUCAAAAUAGUCUCUUCCUACAUCAUCCUGGUGUCUGUUACUGAGGUGUCUCUGCUGAACUACGUGUUCCUGGCAUCAUGGGCCUUCGCUCUGCCCUACAGUCAGUUCCGGCAUAUGGCCUCCAGCAUCUGCACUGUAUGGACUUGUGUUAUCAUCAUCUGCAAAAUGUUGUACCAGCUGGAGACGAUUACCCCAGAAACAUACUCAAGUAACUGCACAAUGCCUAUGAAUUACACAGAGGUGCAGAGGAACUACAUGAAGGAGUCUUUGCUGUACAGGAAUCCAGUAGACCCUGCAAACUGGGUUGGACUUGUGAAGUUCCCCUCUCUUUUGCCAAAUCUAAGGAAUAACUUACUGAUGUUGGCCCUCUUGGCAUUCGAGGUAACAAUCUACAGGCAUCAGGAGUAUUUCCGGCUACGCAACAAGCUCUCUCCUCCCCCUUUUCGAACUAUUUUCCAUGAAAUUACUCGUCAGCACCUUGAUAACGGCAUCAUCAGCUGCGCCAAAUACUUCAUCAACUACUCCUUCUACAAGUUUGGGGUAGAGGUAUGUUUCCUUUUGGCGGUGAACGUGAUUGGCCAGCGCAUGGACUUCUACUCUAUGCUGCAUGCCUUUGCUCUGGCAGCCGUGAUGUACCGGCGCAGGAGAAAGGCCAUUGCUGAAAUCUGGCCUAAAUAUUGCUGCUUCCUGGCCUGCAUGAUCACCUUUCAGUAUUUUGUCUGUAUAGGCAUCCCACCAGCAGCAUGUAAAGACUACCCUUGGAGAUUCCCCAACUCUUCAACAGAUUCCAACGUCAUUAAGUGGCUCUACCUUCCUGAUUUCCGCACAAGUCCAAACCCCAAGUUUCUCAUCUAUGACUUCAUGCUGCUGCUGAGUGCGUCACUACAGCGGCAGGUGUUUGAUGAGGAGAAUAAAGCAGCAGUCCGUCUGAUGGCUGGAGAAAACGUAGAGAUUUGCCGAGAUCUGGAUGCUGCCUCGUUUAGCGUACACAACCCCGUCCCAGACUUUAUACACUGCAGGUCGUAUUUGGACAUGCUGAAGGUGAUCAUGUUCAGCUACCUGUUCUGGUUUGUCUUGACCAUCAUCUUCAUCACGGGUACAACACGCAUCAGUAUUUUCUGCAUGGGCUACCUGGUGGCGUGUUUCUACUUCCUGCUGUUCGGCGGAGAGCUACUACUCAAACCCAUCAAAAAGAUCUUGCACUACUGGGACUUCCUGAUAGCCUACAAUGUCUUCGUCAUCACCAUGAAGAACGUCUUCUCUAUUCUUGCCUGUGGCUACAUCAACAUGCUGAAGGUGAACUGCUGCUGGCUGAUCCAGCUGCUGAGUCUGGCCUGCACCAUCAAAGAGUAUGAGCCAGGUGUGUCUUCAGUCUCUAGUAUUGACUGUGACUUGCCUAAAGAUGAGGCAGGAAUCAUCUGGGACAGCAUCUGUUUCAGCUUUCUGUUGCUACAGAGACGUGUCUUCAUGAGCUACUACUUCCUUCACGUUGUGGCCGAUAUACGUGCUGGACAGAUUCUGGCUUCUAGAGGAGCAGAGCUGUUCCAAGCCUCCAUAGUAAAGGCAGUGAGAGCUCGACUAGAAGAGGAGAAUAAAUCCAUGGAGCAGCUCAAGAGACAGAUGGAUCGCAUUAAAACCCGGCAGCAGAAGUUUAAAAAGGGGAAAGAGAACAUGCUGAGCCUGACCCAGGAGUCUACAGACAGCCAGACCCUAAUUCCACCUGAUGCUGGUGAAGAGGAUGAUGAUGAUGAUGAUGGAGCAGAGAAAGAGAAAGCCAAGGCCAAAAAAAAGCAGUGGUGGAGGCCUUGGGUUGACCAUGCUUCCAUGGUGAGGAGCGGAGAUUAUUACCUGUUUGAGACUGACAGCGAAGAGGAAGAGGAAGAAGAAGAGAAAAAAGAUGAUGAACCUCCAAAGAAAUCAGCAUUCCAGCGAGCGAUUGGAAAGUUUGCCUCAGCUGUCCUGGCUUUGCCCAGGUCUAUACUAAAACUGCCCAAAACUAUCCUUCAGUAUCUUAUCAGGGCAGCCAAGUUUGUGUACCAUGCAUGGGUCACAGACUCCAAAACAGCUCUUAAGGAGCGGGGUAAGGAGCGACGGCAUUUCUGGAAAAGAUACAGAAGAGGGCGUAAACACAGGAAGGACAAAGAGGAAGGUCAAGUGGCAAUUGAGAUGGGAGAUGAUGAACAGCAGAGCUCAGAGGAGGAGAAGAAGGAAGGACCAGACAACAUUAUUAAAAGAGUUUUCAACAUCAUCAAGUUUACCUGGGUGCUGUUCCUGACCACUCUGGAGAGCCUGACUGUGUGGAUCAACAGCAUCUGUAAAGAAUACAUCGACAUCUCCACCGUGCUGCGCAUCGAACGCUGCAUGCUUACCAGAGAGGUCAAAAAGGGCAACGUGCCAUCACGUGAGAGCAUCCAUGUGUACUACCAGAAGCAGAUGCGUCUGAAUGUGUCGCGUGAGUCCGGAUUGGAUCGGAUCAGUGAAGAGGACUCAAACUCAGGCUCUCAGAAACCCAGACGCAGACGCAGAGGAUAUACAUUAGAGAGCCAAGACUCUGUGGCAUCCCGAGACAGCAUCUCCAGUGCAUAUACAGAGGCCACCAUGCUCUUUUCCCGCCAGUCCACGCUGGACGACCUGGACGACGUACCUCAACAUGUGCCCAAAACCAGCGAACGCGCUCGGCCCAAGCUGCGCAAAAUGUACAGCAUGGACAUGUCCAACUCCUCUGCAGACAGCGGCAGCAGCAACAUCUCCAGCGAGGCCACUCAGUGCGUCACUUUAUUCUCACGGCAAGGUACCAACGAAACCAUUGAUGAGGUGGAGGACGAGCAAGAUCAACUGCAUCACCAUGACGAAAGACCUGAACAUGUUGAGGAAGCAGAGACAGGCCCCUGGAGCUCCAUUGAGCCUGAAUCCGAACAGGAACAUGGAGAAGAACUGGAGCUUGAGGAAGAAAAACUUGAAGAAACAGAAUGGGCUCCUGAAGAUCAUGAGGAAGAGGAGCAGGACAGGCAGGAGCAUGAUGGUGAAGCUCAAAGCCCUGGGAGGGAGGAUGGCGAAUCGUCAGGACCAGAGCUCAUGCCAGCAGGGAGGACAUGCGGCCAGCUUUUCACCCCAGACACGGACAUCCCAAACACGUCAGAUGCAGAUGUCCCACCCAGCUAUAGCAAAGCAGUGAGCUUCGAUCGUCUCUCGGUCGACUCACAGGAGAGUGAUGAAGAAAAGCAGCUCAUGCUGAUGACCUCAGACAGCAGAUCAGAUUUACUAUCGGAUGACGCACUGCUGCCCUCGCAAACCACCGAACUCACAGCUAGCGAGCUGCUGCUCAACAAAAUGUUUUAUGAUGAGGAGCUGGAUGCCUCGGAGCGUUUCUACAAGUCCCAGCCGCUGGGCCUGCAGCUAUGCUACGCCCUCUACAACCUGUUAGUGGCUCACUCUGAGAUGGUUUGCUAUCUGGUCAUCAUCCUCAACCACAUGAUUUCGGCCUCCAUGGCCACACUGGUGCUGCCCAUCCUCAUCUUCCUGUGGGCCAUGCUGUCUGUUCCGAGACCCAGCAAACGCUUCUGGAUGACUGCCAUCAUUUACACAGAGGUUACCAUCGUCAUCAAAUACUUCUUCCAGUUCAGCUUUUUCCCCUUCAAUCAGAACCUGGAGGUGGACAGAAAGAAGCCCUAUCACCCGCCUAACAUCAUUGGAGUGGAAAAAAAAGAUGGUUAUGUGCAUUAUGACCUCGUUCAGCUGCUUGCCCUCUUCUUCCAUCGCUCAAUCCUCAAGUGCCAUGGUCUGUGGGACGAGGACGACCCCAAAGAGACAAAAAAAGACGCCUCUCUUCAUCGUGACGAGUCCGAGGAUGAAGACAAAAUGGCAGUAGUGAUACCAGCAGAGACAAAAAAGAAGAGCUCACCCCCUCGCUCUAAGAAAUUCAACUUGGGAAGUUCGAUGGACUUUGGAUCCACACAGCAUGUGCACAUGCGCCAACCUGAACAGUGCACGUACCAGCGGCGCAAGAGCUCCAGCGGCGGCUCAUACAUCUCACGCCACUCAUCCCAACGCUCCAAGAGAGGCAGCACGAGCACAAGGAACAGCAGCCGCAGAGGAAGCAGCGAGGUCGGAGUAGAACCCAAGAGCCGCAAGGAGCUCAUCAUGGAGAAAGUCAGAGAGCAGCUCAUUAAAGCCAAGGUCUUUCUCCUCAGAAAAGGAAAAGAGUUCUACCUCCCUAUCCGUCAGUUCUUCUAUAACCUCAUCCAUCCUGAGUACAGCGCAGUGACCGACGUCUACGUCCUCAUGUUCCUGGCAGACACUGUUGACUUCAUCAUCAUCGUCUUCGGCUUCUGGGCUUUUGGGAAACACCAGGGAGGAGCAGACAUCACAUCCUCGUUGUCCGAAGAUCAGGUCCCAGGUCCGUUCCUGGUGAUGGUGUUGAUCCAGUUCGGGACCAUGGUUGUAGAUCGAGCUUUGUACCUGCGUAAAACCGUCAUGGGCAAAGUGAUUUUCCAGGUCAUCCUGGUGUUUGGUAUCCACUUCUGGAUGUUUUUCAUCCUGCCAGGAAUAACAGAAAGGCGUUUCAGCCAGAACACAGUGGCCCAGCUGUGGUACUUUGUGAAGUGUAUUUACUUCGGUCUGUCAGCCUAUCAGAUCCGCUGUGGCUACCCCACCCGAGUGCUGGGCAACUUUCUGACCAAGAGCUACAACUAUGUCAACCUCUUUCUCUUUCAAGGGUUUCGUUUGAUCCCGUUUCUGACUGAGCUGCGUGCCGUAAUGGACUGGGUGUGGACCGACACGACGCUCAGCUUGUCCAGCUGGAUUUGUGUGGAGGACAUCUACGCACACAUCUUUGUGCUCAAGUGCUGGAGGGAGUCUGAAAAGCGUUACCCUCAGCCUCGGGGUCAGAAAAAGAAGAAAGUGGUGAAGUAUGGGAUGGGUGGCAUGAUUGUUAUGCUGCUCAUCUGCAUCGUCUGGUUCCCUCUGCUCUUCAUGUCCCUGGUCAAAUCAGUAGCAGGCGUCGUCAAUGCACCUCUGGACGUCUCUGUUAGUCUCACACUCGGAGGCUUCCAGCCAAUCUUCACAAUGAGUGCUCAACAGAAGAACCUGAUAAACAUCACUUCAAAAGAGUUUGAGGAUUUCAAUAAAGCCUAUAGUUACGAUUCUAUGGCAUUGCAGUUUCUCGAGGCGUAUGUGUAUCAGGAUGUCACCAUUGCCCACCUAGAGGGGAGCUCCAACUCGCUGUGGACCAUCAGCCCACCCAGCCGGGAGAACCUAAUCAAAAUACUGGAGCAGGAUAGUGAAUUCCAUUUAACCAUCGCCUGGUCUGUACAGAGGAACCUCACUUUAGGAGCGAAAGCAGAGACAGCAGCAGGCAAACACAUCAUCACCCUGGAGGAAAACACCAAAGCAAACCUUGUGGAACUGUUAAAUAACAAAACAUCGUCUGUGCUGAUCGAAAACAUUUUUCCGAGAUAUCUGCGGGCACCAAGUGACUCCAAUGCUAAACCCAUCGAUCAGCUGAGUGCAGAGUUUGAAAACAUCACCCUGACGCUAGGCCGAGGGAACAGCACUGCGGGAAAGGUUCAGGAGUGGUGGAUUGUGAACCAGACCAAGUCAGGCAAAAUCAAGCGGAAAACAAUAGACCGUGAAAAGGCUGGACUGGAUCUCUAUAUCUUCAGUGAUCAGGUCAGCCCUCCUAGUCUGGGCUUUCUGGCUGGAUAUGGCAUCAUGGGUUUGUACAUGUCUGUGGUGCUGGUGAUCGGCAAGUUUGUGCGCGAGUUCUUCAGCGGAAUCUCACAUACCAUCAUGUUCGAGGAGCUGCCUAAUGUGGACCGCAUCCUUAAACUCUGCACUGACAUCUUCCUCGUCCGAGAAACAGGAGAGCUGGACCUGGAGGAAGACCUCUACUCCAAGCUCAUUUUCCUCUACCGCUCUCCAGAGACCAUGAUCAAAUGGACCAGGGAGAAGAACAAGUGAGGAGGAAAAGUGUAAUGUCACGGACAAGGACACUCAGUGCAUGAGGAGUUCCUAAUCGACAUGGAGAAGCACAAGGCUGGGGUUUUAACAGCUGGAUGAGACGCCAGCUGAAAUUGGCAACUAGCUGCAUUUUGCAGUUCUUGGUCUCUCACAUAUACUGUACUUUAUCAGGCGUAGUGUGGGAGAGAUCAUUGAUCUGUAGCUAAUUGUACAUUAUUAAGGGCUUUAAUAAACAUGAUUACUUCCCAUCAUGCGUCACUGCAAAAGCAAUCCUUCACUGCUGGGAGUGCAUGAGCCCAGAGGGCCGUCCAUCAUGUUGAUUGACAGGCUGGUCAACAAAUCCCUGUGUGAUUAAGAUCAGAGUCUGAGGACUUGAGUUGAUUUCCAACAGACCUUAUUACCAAGUGCUUUAUUUUCUGAGCGGCGAGAGGCAACGACUUCUGGUUUUGCAGAAGGCUGGAGCGACACACAGCAGCAAUCACCCGACAAUCUACACUUGCCUUAUUUAGUUUGUACAGAUAAUUGCAUUUUCAUUCAUUCGAUGUCUUUUCUCAGGAACACACACCGGUCAUUUCAUCAUGAGAUGUCCUCUUUUCCAUUGCGUAUUAGAGCAUCGGACUGGGCAAGUACUUUAUCUCACGUGCAAACCCACAAAAUUGAGCACGGUCCGUAUGCACAAGCGUAAGAUGGCAAAGAAAGAAAGAGGCAGUAAAAGUGAUUAUGUGAUGCUAAUUAAUGAUUGUAUGUGGUUGAUCGAUGGCUAUGGAGCAUGAACUUUUUUAUGAUGUGCAAGUAUUGGGAGAUAUCAUAUUUGUCAGAAAGGUAUAGGCCUAUAUGUGAAGAUAACGACUCAUUGCUUGUGUGGAAGGGGUAAAGCAAUAUGAAAAUUAAUACAUUUAUUAAAAAAAAGGGAGGGGGGGGGGGGUAUACUGGGCUGAUUUGUACAUACAGUAUAUCAGUGGGAGUGUGUAUUUAUGCACAGAAAAGGGCUGUCUUUGCUUUUUUUCAAGAGGCAGCACUAUGCAGUUUACAAUUUUCAAGUUUUCUUCUAAGUUUGACCUCCACGUCCCAGUGUUCUUGCCACACACACACACACACACACACACACACACACACACACACACACACGGAGACACUAGAAGAAUACUGGGAGAAGAGCAUUAACGAAACCUACACAUCUUCCUCACGUUUCUGAACUAUGCAUUAUUUAAAGCCAUUGUAGCAUGAGAGAAUAAUUACUAUUUAAACAUGAGGUGUUUUCAUUACAUCACAUGUACAUAUGCUUUUACAGGGACAAAGAAAUGUGAAGCUUUAUGAGGUUUGCUCUGUAGCAGAAUGUCAGGAUGGAAUAGAAGAGCUUAAGAAAAGCAAUGACCUUCAAAUAAAGCACAUAUCAGAAGGCCACAUUUAUUCUCCUUUUUACAUUUUAUUUGCACUCUGAAAGUACAAAAUGAUUUCUUUUGUUCUAUUAUUAACAGGAACUUGGAGCGUUUUGUCAAAAACUGAAGUAAAUCUGUUUAACCUGAUUGUUGCAGAGGAGACAGAAGUAUUGAGUUGUUACACUGUAUUUGUAGUGCUGAUGCCAUGUUGUACAUCUUAAACACUCCUCUGCAACGCUGCCGCCCACUAAUGCACUCAUAAAGACCCAGUGGGGGGAAAAAAACAGCAACAACAACUGCACUUGCAUACAGUAAUGAUGGACUAAAGAGGGAGAAGGGCGGGAGUUCAACUCCUCACUCUACGGCCUCAUCAAAUAUAAAUAAGAACAAAAAAUUUUAGGGCUCU